GAAAGAGAAUUUCAGAAACUCCUCACAUAACAAGAGAGAGAAAAAAGUGUGACCCUUUUCUCUUGCAGCUUCAAAGUGAAGGGGCCAAAAAAGUUAUGAUCCCUUGAUAUUCUUCGGUUUUGGUGACACACCAUAAACAACACAACCAUGCUUUCUGUAACCGAAACUUGAAGCAGCUCCAAACAAACAAACAAAGAAAAAAGAAAAAGAAAAACACAUAUAUAAAGCAGAACAAUUCACAGUCAUCAGUUACAGAAAGAGAAGAAGAAGCAAGAGAGAACACAAAGGAACACAUUAUCAUUCACUCUCAUUUAACUAUCAUCAUGGCUGAUGGGGCUGGUGAUGAUUUGUUUAAAGAGCUAUGGAGGUUGUGUGCAGGGCCAUUAAUGGAUGUUCCUUGUGUUCAAGACAGAGUUUUCUAUUUCCCUCAGGGUCACAUUGAAUUGUUGCCAGAACCUACAGAACAAGAAUUGAGGCAGAUGAAGAACCAGAAAUCUCCCAAAUACGAUCUUCCGUCGAAGAUCUUAUGCCGUGUUAUCGAUGUUAAGUGUCUGGCCGAGAUGGAAACCGACGAGGUUUAUGCUCGAAUCACUUUGCAGCCAUCUUCAGAUCAGAAUGAUCCUCUAGAUCCUAAUCCAAUUUGUUCCGAGAAACCGAAACAGAAAUUUUACUCAUUUUGUAAGACACUGAGUACCUCAGAUACUAGCACACAUGGAGGAUUUUCGGUUCUUCGGAAGCAUGCUAAUGAAUGCUUGCCUCAAUUGGAUAUGACAAUGGAAAAUCCUACUCAGGAGUUGGUAGCAAAGGAUAUUCAUGGGGUUGAAUGGAAGUUUAAGCAUAUAUAUAGAGGACAUCCGAAGAGGCACCUGCUUACAACUGGCUGGAGUGCAUUCGUUGCGGCCAAGAAAUUGGUUGCCGGAGAUUCUUUUGUUUUUCUAAGGGGAGAGAAUGGACAACUGAGGGUAGGCGUUAGACGUUUGAAUCCGCCGCAGAGUCCUACGCCUUCGUCCGUGGUGUCGACACAAAACAUGCGCCUUGGAGUGAUUGUUACUGCAAGCCAUUCUGUUAUGACUAGUACCAUGUUUGUGGUUUAUUACAAGCCAAGGACUAGCCAGUUUAUUGUUAGUUUAAACAAAUAUAUUGACACGAUGAACAAUGACUUCAAAAUCGGCAUGCGAUUCAAGAUGAGACAUGAGGGUGAAGAUCCACUUGACAAAAGGUUUUGUGGUACUAUAGUUGGAGUUGGAGAUGAAUCUCGAGAAUGGCCGAAUUCUCAAUGGAGGUCAUUGAAGGUUCAAUGGGAUGAACCAGCAACAAUGCAAAGACCAGAUAGAGUUUCAUGUUGGGAGAUUGAACCUCUUGUUACUUCGCCUUUGAAUACGAUUCAACCGAUGGCGAAGGGAAAAAGAUCAAGGCAUGCUGAGGCUUCAUCUUCUGCUGCUUCAGGUAGCAAAGAAAGCCAAGUAGCUACAAUAUGGCAGCCACCACAUUUGAAUGGCAAUGGAAAUUCUUCUCAAGAUCCCGAAAACAACAAAGCCGUCGUCCCGGUUGGUCCAGCUGGCGAAGGCCCGGCACGCGACCACAACGAAGACAGGAAGAAGGGCAUGGAUUGCUGGUUGUUUGGGGUGAAUUUGACUAGCAGCUAUAGUAAUGUUGUUACCCCUUUGGAGAAAGAACUUUGGUGUGAAGCUUCAACUAUCCUUCAUUGUGGUCCCAAAGAAUCUAUUAUUGUUGGUGCAUGUGAGACUGAGAAGGUUCAGAGUCUCAAUAACCAUUCACUGUCCAACAAGCAGGGCCAUGUACCAUCCAUGAGGACUAGGACUAAGGUGAAAAUGGAAGGUGUAGCAGUUGGUCGAGCAAUUGACUUGACCACAUUAAAUGGUUAUGAUGAACUCAUAGUUGAGCUUGAGAAAAUGUUUGACAUUGAAGGAGAAAUUAUAUCUCAGAAGAAAUGGGCUGUUACUUUCACUGAUGAAGAAAAUGACCUUAUGCUUCUUGGUGAUGAUUUAUGGCAGGACUUCUGCAAAAUGGUGAAGAGGAUUUUCAUUUGUUCAAAGGAGGAUUAAUUAGUCAUUUGUUGAAUGACUUGACUCCAUGUUGUGAUUCAUAACAUCACUCAACAUCUAUCAAUCUAAUAUAAUAUGCUUUGAAACCUUAA